UGCAGUGGAAUGUUCACAAGAAACUUGCAAUCAUUACAUUUCUUGAAAAGCACUCUAGUAAUAGUGUUUGUGCAACUGCUACACAUUUCAAUAUAGAACCAAAGCAAUUAAAUAACAGAAGACCACCAAAGUAUCCUGAAUUAGAAAAUAAAAUUUAUGGUUGGGUAAAAGAUUUGCGAAGUGCACUUAAACCUGUAACACAAUCAAUGAUAUGGCAUUAUUAUAAUGAUUGGCUAGAUAAUGGUAUUAUAACUUAUACUAAGACAGGUCGUAUUCAAUGCCCUGCAUAUAAUUUGGUCACUCAAUGGAUACUUCAGACAUGGAAUAAUACUGAUUCUAACCUUAUAUGA